AUGGGAUCUUUAGGCCCACCGCACCAUAUCAUCGUCGCCGGCGCGGGCAUCGCGGGCAUCGCUUGCGCCCUUGCUCUGUCACGAGAACUCACACCCUAUGUGCCGGAUUUAAAAAUCACGAUAUUCGAGCGACAUGAUAUUCUGUCCACGUCGGGCGGUGCCAUCAACUUGACACCUGUUGCACAACGCCAUCUUGCACAGCUUGGUGUUUUGGAUGAACUGGACCGUAUGGGCGCCGAGGGUGGAGCGGAGGUGGAUGCAAUCGAGCUUUAUUCAAUGCGUUCCGGUCGCUCUAUUGGCUCAAUAGACUUCGUCGAUCACCGGGGAAAUGGGUAUGGGGGAUAUAAAGGUCGACGAGUGAUGCGCAUUGUGUUAUCGGUGGCAAUGAUGACCAUGGUCGAGCGGACACCCAACGUCGACAUUAUUUUCGGCAAGAAGGUCGUCGGCGGAGAGGAGAGCGAAGGCAAAGCCGUGGUACAUUUUUCAGACGGCACCGAAGCCGUCGGUGAUCUGGUUGUCGGCUGCGAUGGUGUUCAUUCAGCGAUUCGUAGCCGGUGGAUUGAUCCUGACACUCCUUCUCAGUACACGGGCAUGUCAUUCCUGCAGGCUAAUAUUCUUUCCAAGGAUAUCUCAUCACCUGUUCACUUCCGUUCUUCUGCACUAAAUGUUUCACGGCAUGGCUCGAUGUUGACGAGUUUCUGUGAUCUCGAUCGCGAACAGAUCUUUACCGCCGCCAUCGUGCAGUUCAGUCAGGAGGAUUUAGAAUAUUAUCGGCUCGAAGCUAGCCAGGACUGGGCAACGCAACAUCAAAUCAGGGCCGCUCUUCGCAACGAGAUGCAAGAUCGUUUUGGAAAAUGUUCGAUUCCCUGUAUUCGGGAAAUGGUGAACAGCAAGGCUGAUUGGAUGCUUUACCCCGUUUAUCAAGUCCGCCUUGGAGGACGCUGGUACACGAACCGAGUGAUCUUGCUAGGCGAUGCAGCCCAUGCAAUGCCCCCGCUAGAUGAGUCAGCUGCAUACGCUCUGGAUGACGCAAUUCUUUUUGCUCGAAUCCUAGCUCAGUAUCGCUCGGAGCCACUUGCUGAGGUAUUCGACACAUAUGAGCGUCUUCGUCGGGAUACAAUCAACCGUGCCUUCAAAGAGUCCCACCGAAUGUGGGAUCGAAACCGAGAUAUGAGUAUGCUGGAAGGUCGGCUAAAGGAGUGGAUGAUACCCCUUUCUCUUCGCAGUCGUCGAGAUCAGCGAGAAGCGGCAUGGGAGUUCGAUGCAAGCAAAAUAUCCAUACCAAGCCCCGCACCCAGCGAGGACUUGGUAUCUUUGCAUUCGUUUCUGAAGGAACAAACUAUGUAG